GAAACUUUGGGUAUGCCUAAAACUUGGUGACAGUAACUGAAAUGGAGUUUUUGGGGAGUUUUGAGGGUCUCAACGGGGCGCUUCCCCCAAACGUCCCGUCGGCCCAUGUCGAGGUCGACAACAAAUCACAAGACCUCAGUCAAUCAAACACAUCAAUCGCAAUGGAAAUUGAGCUAUGAAAAUCUCCGGCGGGCCAUCACUUUCCACCAUUCUCCUUCUCUGAUGUUGCCAUUCAAAUUCCCCUUCUCUCUCCGUCUGCCACGUGCUCCUCUUCUCAACUUCCUCUCCAUUUUCGUCUCUCCCUCACGGGAACCCUCCCCUCCUAUUCCGCUCUAAUGCGAUUCACAACGGAGUUGUUUCGUUUCUUCUAAAUCUCUACACAAAUCCAGAGAAUUGUUUCUCUUUUGUUGCUUCUUCGUUACAAAAGGAAGCUAACUUUGUUUCUGCAUAUUUUACCAAUCAAAAGCUCUGGCUACUCGCAUUUAUCGGUUCACCCCAGAUCCGAAAAUUCCUCUUCUCUGCCCCCUUUCCGCUCUCUCUAUCCAGAAUCUUUCACGCGUUUUUCCCUAAUCCGAAAAGGGUUACCAGUUUUCUCAUUGUUCUUACGACUCCCUAAAAGUAUUUGUGUUUUGGGUGUUUUAGUUUUUCGAGUUGGAUGCAAACUGAUGUUCAACUGAUCACAUCCCUCAAAUUAGAAUUUCUCGGGCUUGCCGUUUGAAUGGGGUGGAGUAGGUGUUUCCCAUUUGGGAAUUUUCUUUCCGCUUUGCAUUGGUUGGAACUGGAUUGAUUGAUUACCUUCCUUAAGGUGUUUCUUCUUUUGUCUUCCAUUCUCACUCUCUCUGGAAAGUUUGUUUAUUGGGAUUGUGGAGAUCUUUUUUAUUUCAUUUCGAGAGGGGAUCUGGAUUUUAUCUCAUUCUUUUCCAGUUUUGAGAAAUUUUCAAGCUGUCCAUGCGUUAUAUUCCUGGCAGUGAAUCAUUGGAGAACACUUUGGAUUCUUGUUGCGAGAAGAUUAUACAUUCUUUAAGUUAUACAUGAUUAUUUAAAGAGCGGAUGUUGUUUCUUCUUCUAUGCCAUUGAGACUGUUGGAGGAAGGAAUUGGAUUUUGUUUGGGACUUCUGGUAGAGAAAUUUGUAGGAUUGGAUAUCCUGUUGAGACUCUGAGGUGGAAGUAUGGGCUGUAUUUGCUCUAAAGGAAAUCCAUCUGACGACUAUGUUGCUGAGAAUCAUUCCAAAGAAAGACAUUUGAAGUCUAAUAGAUCUUCCAGGCAUCUAGGGGCUUCAUUGAGGAAAGAAGAGCCGGUGUUGCAUGCUGAUGGAGGGCCAAGUGAUGCAAUGGCGCGAUUGAUAACGAACCAUCACGGUGAAGAAAAUGCUGGAUCAACAUCUGAAUCGGAUGAUGUUGAGAAGGCAGCACCCAUUGAAAAAGCUGCCACUACCAAGUCACUGCGUCAAGAACGACCAACUAUGGAGGAUGGAGGAAAGAGAGUAGGAGUACAUAAUAGUAAUGCAACACCUAGUAUAACCAAUGUUGUUAAUGGGGAAAAGGGGGCUUUGGUUAUUGCUGGAUGGCCUUCUUGGCUGGCAUCUGUGGCUGGAGAAGCAAUCAAUGGGUGGGUUCCUAGAAAGGCAGACUCUUUUCAGAAAUUGGAUAAGAUUGGACAAGGAACAUACAGCAGUGUGUACAGGGCCCGCGAUAUUGAAACGAACAAGAUUGUUGCGUUGAAGAAGGUGCGAUUUGCUAAUAUGGAUCCUGAAAGUGUUCGUUUCAUGGCCAGGGAAAUCCUCAUCCUGCGUAGGCUUGACCACCCCAAUGUUAUGAAGCUUGAAGGUCUUAUUACUUCAAGGGUUUCUGGCAGUUUAUACCUAAUAUUUGAGUACAUGGAACAUGAUCUUGCAGGGUUGGCAGCAACCCCAGGGAUCAAGUUCACUGAAUCGCAGAUAAAAUGCUAUAUGCAACAGCUGCUUUGUGGACUUAAACAUUGCCAUGUCCAGGGAAUUUUGCACCGUGACAUCAAGGGAUCAAAUCUUCUGAUUGAUAAUAAUGGUAAUCUAAAGAUAGGUGAUUUUGGUCUAUCAACCUUUUUCCGUUCCCGACAAAAGCAGCCCCUUACAAGUCGCGUGGUAACGUUGUGGUAUCGACCGCCUGAGCUUUUGCUUGGUGCAACGGACUAUGGAGUUUCUGUAGAUUUGUGGAGUACUGGUUGCAUUCUUGCAGAACUGUAUGCUGGGAAGCCUAUCAUGCCUGGAAGAACAGAGGUGGAGCAACUACAUAAGAUCUUCAAACUUUGUGGCUCCCCUUCUGAAGAGUACUGGAAAAAAUCAAAAUUACCUCAUGCCACCAUCUUUAAACCUCAACAUCCUUACAAGCGAUGUUUUGCUGAGACAUUCAAAGACUUCCCUUCCUCUGCAUUGGCCCUUUUGGAUGUACUUCUUGCGGUUGAACCCGAUGGUCGUGGAACAGCUUCCUCUGCCCUUCAAAGCGAGUUCUUUACUACAAAACCGCUUCCAUCGGAGCCCUCUACUUUACCAAAGUACCCACCAAGCAAGGAGUUUGAUGUUAAGCUUCGUGAUGAGGAAAACCGAAGAAGAAGAGCUCCUAUCAGUACAGCACGUGAACAUGAAGCAGCUCGAAAGUUUCCGAAAGAACCUAAAGCUAUUCCUGCACCAGAUGCAAAUGCUGAAUUGCAGACAUCCAUGCAGAAGAAACUAAGGCAGCAGAAUCCUUCAAGUGUCAGUGAAAAGUAUAAUCCUGAAGAGGACGGAGGUUCUGGCUUUUGCAUUGAUCCCCCUAAAGAAUCAACACAAACUCAACCUAAUGCUUCGAGUUCUUCACGAAACAUGAACAGGAGUCGGGGUGAUACUCCAGGAGGUUUUUCAAUCGGGGAAAAGGGCGCAGAACUUAGAAAACAAAGAUCUUAUAUGCACCAUGGUUCUGGACAGUUAUCCCGGUAUUCCAAUUCCGUUGCAGGUCAAGGCGGUUUGCAAUUCGGCUGUGGUGGAGAAAGUAGUAGUAAUUCACGUUGGCCAGAAGAGUGUUUUAAUGUGUCAUAUAACCAUUUCAAUGGUGGCGAAUCUUCAGAAAAGCAUGAAUGGUCUCACCAUUUACUAGAAAGUCCGAAGUCUUCUUAUAAGAUAGAUGAUCAGUCAUCUGGAAAAGAGUCUGCUAUGAAUUACGCCUCGAAAAAGAGAAUUCAUUAUUCAGGACCCUUGAUGCCUCCUGGUGGAAACCUUGAGGAAAUGUUAAAAGAGCAUGAGAAACAAAUCCAGCAUGCAGUUCGUAAGGCUCGUAUAGACAAAGCGAAGACAAGAAAGACAUACGAUGACAAAAGUCUAUCGGAGUCGUUGCUUCACCAUAUGAGAAACGGCAAUUGAGCUUUAAAAACUGUCCGAAAGUUUGACCCAAGCAGGACAGAGAAGCUCAUGUAGAACAGCAUUGUUUAAAUGUUGGUGAGACUUCCAUAUGGAAGUUCAUGAAGUUUGCACAAGCUGCACGGAGGUACGGUUGAGUAGUUUUGAGUAGUUUCGUCGACCGUACUUGAGAGUUCAGAUGUUAAUACACAUUUAAGGAAGAAAGACAAUGAAAUCCAUUCAAAAUGGGUUUCAGAUCCAGAAAUUGAUAGAGGUCUGUCUCCUUGGCACGGAUGAGUUGCUAAAGGAAUUCUUUGUACAGCCUAACAUGUUUUUCUAAUCAGUUUUAUGUGUUGUAAAGGGUACAGUACAGUAGGCGUUCUCCAAAUUGAAGUUUUCCCCCCUCCACAUCCUUAUUUUUUUUGAAACACUUGGUCAAAUACAACCACUACAGAGCUGCUAAACAGAGUUGUUACGAUGAACAACUUGUUCUUGUUCUUGUCACCUAUUCACUCUUAGUUAUGUGACAUUUGGCUCAAUAUUUACUCUGAAUAUGAAUUUUUGGAUUUGGGAAAA